GCGGGGCCGGCAUCCCGGCCGCGGCGGGCCAUGGAGGGUCGCGCCCCGGGUCGUGGGCCGCCGCGCGAGGGGUCGGCGGAGGACGAGGCCGAACUCCCCGGAGCAGCGUGGAGCGGGGACAGCGGCAAUGUGUCCCAGAGCCACAGCAGCGCCUCGGGGCCGUGGGAGGACGAGGCGUCGGAGCUGGGCGCGCCGGGCCGCGAUCUGCCGCUGCUGCGCCGCGCCGCCGCGGGCUACGCCGCCUGCCUGCUGCCGGGAGCCGGGGAGCGGCCCGAGGUCGAGGCCCUGGACUCCAGCCUGGAGGACCUGCUCACCAGAGUGGACGAGUUCGUGGGCAUGCUGGACAUGCUGCGCGGGGACUCCUCCCACGUCGUCAGUGAGGGUGUGCCUCGCAUUUACGCGAAGGCCGCGGAGAUGCGGCGGGUCUACAGCAGGAUCGACCGGCUGGAGGCCUUCGUGGGGAUGAUCGGCGCCCGCGUGGCCAGGAUGGAGGAGCAGGUGGCCAGGGCGGAGGCCGAGCUGGGUGCUUUCCCCAGCGCCUUCAGGAAGCUGCUGCACACGAUCAGCGUGCCCUCCUUGUUCAGCAAGGCGCCCUCCGGCAGGCCCCAGCAGAGCGGCUACGAGCCGCCCGUCCUGUUUCGGACCGAAGACCACUUUCCCUGUUGCAGCGAGACACCUCAGAUCUGAGUCCGCCGGCCGGCCAGCGAGGGGACGCCGGCUGCGAGGGCCUGGGCUGCUGAGUCUGCCGGCGAGGCUGCUGGUAGACCUCCAUGAGGUUGGAGGACGGCGUGUUUGUCUUUUUGGCACACUUGUUUCCCACUGUCUGCAUGACCUCCCGUAAGGACGUGUGGCUUUCUGUCUCCAGUGCUGAACUGAGGGCUGGCUGCUUGGGGCGUCGGGGAACCUGAAUGCGUUUCUCUGUGCGCUGUGGCAGAUUUGUUGUUUUUAUGGGUUUUACAGCUCACCCAACAGUAUUACCUUUUCAGAGUUUCUAUAUUUUAUAUGAAGAAAAACUGCCCAACUUUCCCAGUCUUAUUAUUCGAUCCUAAUAGCGAUUCCAUUUUCUGUAGCUUUUAGGGUAGAUGGUAAGUUAUUUCACGUUAUAUUAUACUUUGCACAUCAUGGGUUGUAGAACGAAGGAAAUCAUACAAUUUCUGAGGAGAUGGAUUGAUUUAUUGCAAUUAAUUCCGAAGCUGUAUUUCCCAGUAGGCCCUCCGAAUCUUAAUUUGCCCACAGCAAACAUGUCUGUAAGUGGUUGCUAACAUUUAGUUUAUAAUUUAAAUAUUAAUAAAAAUUUUAAAUUUUAUUGGAAAAGCUUUUCUUCUGGAAAGGACUUUGCAUAUUUCUUUUUUUGUUUGAAAAUAGAUACAUUGCUCAUGAUUGUAGGGAUAAGAAGUGUCUUGGGAGUAACUCCUUUCGGAUGUGAAAAAGCUUAGCUACUAUUCCACAGAAUUUUGUUCCUCACCUCUCAAAGUCAAUAGUUAAGUCAUGUGUGUGAAUGACUGGUGUUGGGAUUUUUGUUCUUUUCACCCAACAGCAUGGAAUCCUAAAGAUGUCUUGCAGGUGCAGCAGGCUUUGAUCUUGAUUUGAAUCUUAAUCUAUUGUUAUUAAUUGAUGUUCCUAGGCAAUAGACCUCAAAUAAGCACCCAGCUUAGGUUUCUUUUGUGCCAUUUAUCGUGGAUCUUAGAGGCUAACGGAGUAUUCAUGUUCUCUCAUAGCUGUGUAUCAUAAGUCUGAUCAUGU